CAUGUAUAUAACCACACAAUUGACAUCUCGAGCCUAAAGCUGCCCAACAUUUCUAUCCACACAAGAGACACAACUAUAUUCACCUACAUAUCUCUAAGCCAUAUCUAAAAUCCCGGUAAAUUUGAGAACAUGUCAGCAACGGUUGUUGCCGCCGGCACCUCUUCCGCCGCAUUCUCCAGAGGCACAUCAGUCAGCAAACCCGCUUCCUACAUUCCUCACUGCCAGAAAACUAGUUUCCAAGGGCUAUCAUUUCAUGAUUACAAAAGGGAUAUCUCGAAUUUGGUCUUGGUUGGUACUGGUAGUUUGAGCUUAUCAAGAAGAAAAAAAGUAAGAGGCCUUGAGAUUAAUGCAAGAACUGCUGCCAAGAACAUUGAGGCUGAAGUUGAUAAGCCUUUGGGGCUCACUCUUGGUCAAAAAUCUGGUGGUGGAGUUGUCAUCACUGCGGUAGAAAAUGGUGGAAAUGCUGCCAAAGCAGGGCUUAAAGCUGGGGACCAGGUGCUCUACACCAGCAGCUUUUUCGGGGAUGAACUUUGGCCCGCGGACAAGCUCGGAUUUACAAAGACAGCAAUCCAGGCUAAUCCCAAUUCUGUAUACUUCGUCGUUAGCAGGGGAGCUGAAGUAGAUGUUAAGAGAUUGAAUAAGCGACCGGCCCCUCCUCGCUUUGGAAGGAAGUUAACUGAAGCUCAAAAAGGCUCGAGCAACACAUAUAUGCCUUGAUUGUGGAUACAUCUACACAAUGCAAAAGCCUUUCGAAGAGCAGCCGGAGGGCUACACAUGUCCUCAGUGCAGAGCGCCUAAGAAGAGGUUUGUAAGAUAUGAUGUGAACACCGGAAAACCCAUCGGUGGGGGGCUGCCUCCCAUCGGAGUCAUCAUUGGGCUUUUAGCUGGGAUUGGUGGAAUCGGAGCUUUACUAGUGUAUGGACUUCAAUGAAAGCUAAAAAAAAAUUGAGAACAAACCUAGGAAGCACGGAAACUCUCCAUGGCUCACGUUUCCACGUUUCGGAAACUCGGAAGCGUUUCGGAAACCCAGAAACUUCAAAUUCCCGUUUCGGGGCCGUUUCCGUAAUUAAGAAAAAUUUGGAAACCCGUUUUAAUUUACUACGUUUCGGAAACCUCAGAUUCCAUUUUUUUUUUCUUUUUCAAAAGAUUCUGUGGUGGAAAAUAAUUUUUUAUAGUGAAUUUUUGUGGUAUUUCUCAGUGGCAACACUUGUUACAUUUCGUAACGCAAUGUAGUGUUAGAAAUGUAUUACUCCGUACAUUUUAUGUUUAAUUAUGUACUAAUAUGAAAUCAUAUCUAAAUUCGAACAUGUAGAGUGAUUUUAUUAUUUGGUUACUAAACAAAUUAUAUUAAAAAAACAUGUGCAUAUGGAAAAA